AUGGUGGUUGAUGCAGCCAACAAUACAACCAACUCUACAAUAGUUUGGGAGUCAUGUUGUUAUGGUAGUCUGUUCUGUAGGAGUACAUCAAGAUACCGUAACAACUCACUCUCACACUUUGAAUGCCGUGACUUUGUUGGCUUUGAGGAUGGAGAGGUGAACACUGCCAUUUGUGUCACUUGCACAACCAAACUCAAUGCAGGCGGUGUAUUUGUAGUAUUAUUCUCCUUGACCUACGGCCUAGGUAUAUUUGCCUGCUGUAUAAUACUUGGUUGCAGAAAGAGUUGUCCAUGCUACAAGAAGGACGAAGAGCACAAACAGAAGAAAUUGAAAAAGGUCAACGAGAGUGGAAGUGGAGGUGGAGGUGGAGGAGUGUCAACAGUUAGUGCGGCACCCGAGGUCACAGCCGCUCCUUAUGCCUCCUCACCAGCGCAACAAGCCUAUCCCAAUGCACAACUGGAAGCAGGUGGCACUCCAGCCUAUCCGUAUCAACCAGCCAACAACGUAACCUACCCAGUGUAG